ACCAGCUGUGUUGCUGGCAGGCUGCCCUCAGCCUCUCCAAGCUCAACCCUCCCCUCCCCUCCUCUUUCUCUCGUUCUCUUUUUAACUGUUGCUGUUUCCCCUUCAGAGUCCUGGCACUUUCAUUUAUAUCGCGCAUACUUCUUGACAAGCAGCUUCAUUCCCCCUCGGGGCGGAUUUCUGCUCCGUUUACCCCUCACCCAUUACCUCAGCGCCGGAGAGGUUAAUCUUUUCCACAGCACUAUGAUCUUGCUGUGUCUCUUCACCGCGCAAGCUCUGCAGUUUGGUGAAACCCUUGAACUCUCUGCUGGCUCUUGUGCCUUUGAAGACAGCACUUGUGGCUAUGUGUCAGACUUCACAUUUCUGCCUUGGAUUUUGAAUGAAGAAGGUCAUUACAUUUCUGUAGAUACGUCACAGGGAACAAAUGGUGACACAGCUGUAUUACUCAGUCCUGAUCUGCAUUCUGAAGAGUGGAGCUGCAUCAGACUUAUAUAUCAGAUUGCAGCGCCUUCCGAGCUGCCUGUAGAUCCCACCACCUUAAAUCUAUAUCUAAGAAUAGAAGGAGAAAGCUUUGAUCAUUUGCUUUGGACAACCACAGAGCCUUCAGAAAGCUGGCUUAUAGCUAGUCUUGAUGUCAGAAACAGUACAAACAAGUACAAGAUCGUGCUAGAAGGUGUAUUGGGAAGAGACCUUUCUGCCAGCAUAGCAGUUUUUGAAGUUAAAAUAACUACAGGCUACUGCAUUGAAUGUAACUUUGAAGAAAACCAUCUCUGUGGUUAUAUGAACCGCUGGAAUCCCAACGUGAACUGGUUUGUUGGUGGAGGCAACAUUGGAAAUUCACAGUCCAUCCUUCCAAGAGAUCACACUCUUAACAAUGAAUUUGGUCACUACAUGUAUGUGGACUCACUCUAUGUAAAGCAUUUUCAGGAAGUGGCUCAGCUGGUCUCUCCUAGAACAACAACACCUAUGUCAGGCUGUUUGUCUUUUUAUUAUGAAAUGCAGCAAGACAGUGGAAUUGUUUUCACAGUCUACAUGAAAGAUAUAACGGGCUUUUAUGAAGAACUUUGGAAAGCAGACAGUACUGGGAAUACAGAAUGGGCUUUAGCAGAAGUUGAUUUCAAUGCUCCAUACCCAAUGGAGGUUAUUUUUGAAGUUGCUUUCAAUAGUGCCAAAGGAGGAUAUAUUGCCCUUGAUGAUGUUUCUUUCUCUCCAGUCUUCUGUAGCAAUCAGACAGAAGUUUCCUUUGGUUCUACAGAAGCAAGCUGUAGCUUUGAGGAGGAUUUGUGCAAUUUUUAUCAAGAUAACAUGGAUGGCCCUGGCUGGAGCAGGGUAAAAAUAAAGCCUAAUGCAUACAGGCCAGGAGACCAUACGACAGGAGUGGGUUACUACUUGUUGGCAAAUACAAAGUUUACAUCCCAGCCUGGGUACAUUGGCCGUCUAUACAGCCCCACUCUGCCAGGAAAUUUACAGUAUUGCCUGCGGUUUUAUUAUGCCUUAUAUGGCUUUUUCAAAAUGAGAGACAGUCUGGUUGUCUAUAUCUUUGAAGAAAACCAUGUGGUUCAAGAAAAAAUCUGGUCUGUCUUGGAAACUCCCAAAGGAGUCUGGACUCAAGCUGAAAUCACCUUUAAAAAGCCCAUGCCUUGCAAGGUGGUGUUUGUGAGCUGGUGUAAAAGCUUUUGGGACUGUGGACUGGUGGCAUUGGACGAUGUAUCAAUAGGCUUGGGAAACUGUCACAGUACUGACUUAUUACCUGCUUUUCCUAAAGAAUGUACUUUUGAAAAAAAUGAGUGUGCAUUUACUCAACAAAAGAAAAGCCGGGGGAGUUGGCACAGACGAAGAGGUCAGACUCCUACAUCUUACACUGGACCAAAAGGAGACCAUACUACUGGGGUAGGGCACUACAUGUACAUUGAAGCAUCUAACAUGGUCUAUGGACAGAAAGCACAGCUUAUAUCGAGGCUUCUACGAGGCACCUCUAGGCCUCAGUGUCUUAUAUUUUUUUAUCACAUGUAUGGAGCUGGGACAGGGAUAUUAAAUGUUUAUGUGAAGAAGCAUGGUAAAAAGGAUGAGACUCUCCUCUGGAGAAGGCGAGGUGAACAAAGCAUCACUUGGCUAAGAGGCCUUAUAGAAUAUUCAUGUGACAAAUAUCACCAGAUUGUAUUCGAAGCAAUUCGCGGUGUAUCAAUUAAAAGUGAUAUUGCUAUUGAUGAUAUCAAGUUUCAGUCAGGACCUUGUAAAGAAGUGGGAGAAACAACAAUACAAUCUUCUGGAUACUCUGCUGAUUUUAAUGAAAUUGAAUAUUGAGCUCUACAGAAGUGGGUGAAAUGCCACAUGGCUAAAUCCAGGAGAAACUGCACAUCCCCCUUCUUCCCCAAGAAGUAGAGAAAUGAAUACUGGAUUGUUUGGUUAGGAUCUCCAAAGGCAUGGGAGAAUCUGGCAAGGAUUCAGUAUAGGACUCAAUAUCAGACUUUCCUGUAAAGUUACUGACUCAGGGCUUCCUUCAUUUUAUUAGUAUUGUAUUUUAUUUUGCAUGUGACAUUGGUUAUAAUAAAGGACUAUUAAUUUUGCACGAAUGUGUAACAAUGGAAACAGAUGCUUGGGGGUAAAUAUUUUUGAGCACGUAAUAAGAAAGCAAAAUGGACACAAUCUGUUAUUGUGUUAACUAAAUAUACAUUCAGUGAAUGUCUUGUUUUGUCUUGUGUUGAUAUAAGAAAAUAGCAUUGACCGCUAGCAAUAACUAGAGGCUGCCAAAUAGAGACCUACUGUGCAGAAAAAAGUGGUUGAAGCUUUUUGUGGCAUGGAAUAAAUAACAGCCCAUUGAGCCUCUAUUAAGGGCUAGGACAUUUUUUCUUCAGGUAGUUUGCAACUCUACUGAUAAUCUGAAGGCUGAAUACUAUUGUUUUGGUUGUUUUUCAGGAAGACAGAUCUCUAUGGUAAUAAAGAAUCUCUUAAUACAGUAAGCACCUAACAUAACCAUUUAAUGCCAAAGAGUUACUAUGGUGAAUCUGUUUAUUAUUUUUGAGACAACAAAUAAACUGUUGUAAAUGGUCUAAUAUAAGUAAAAUACAAUAAUACUGACAUGCCUAAGUUACAGAAAACUCAGUUUGGCAUGCAGUUUUUAUACCAGUGGAUGGAUACACUGGUACACAGUGAUAUUUAAAUAAUCUGUGGUUGAGUAUGGUAUAAUUUCCUGCCACAGACUUGAUCUUCAAACAUCUAUAGUCAUGUAUAUAUUAUAUUAUAUGUGUGUGUGUGCAUGCAUGCACACUUGUAUAACGUGUGAUAUGCUGUUCUAUAAUUAUCUAAUAAAAUACACCUUUUCUGGCUCUA